AUGGAAAUAUGUACUGCUACAAAUGAUGUUGGUUCGAAAAAACUGAGUCCUCCGGUUUUCAAUGCAUUUCAAAAGUCGAUUGGCGAUGGAAUCGAACUAUUUCAUUUGUUGCAAAGAAUUUCCAUGACGAUAUCACUAAAUGGUUAGGUGGUGAUUCUUCUCAUUCUGUUCUUAUUCAUAAAACUGGAGGUUUUUUUAAUUUUUUAUACGCCUAAUUUAAUUCCUUAUAUUAAAGUUUGUUCCCUUAAUGUUCCGUUAUUCUCAAUUCCGAAAGCAGAUGGAUCGACUCGAAAGCACCAAACUAAAGAUUUAGUUUUCAGUCAAGUUCCACGUGAGAAGUAUGUUCUUCUAACAAACCUUCAGACAACUAAAUCACCACUGUUCGUCGAACGAGUGG